GAUACUGCCUGCAAUGGCCACUCAGCAGAGCAUAGCAAUUUUUUUCAAGAGAAAAAAUGAGGGUGCUCCUCUGAGGGAGAGCAACAAGAAGGCUCCCAGUCGCACUGGCGUGUUCCAAGCAGUUGGUGGCUCGAGCCGUCCCUCCUGGAAUUCGGGUCGAUGGUGACCUUGGCUGGUGAACUGGACACUCAGCGGCCUGAGUCGACGUACCCGGCCGCGCAGGACGGACGUCGGUGGCUCGUAGACGUUUUACCAGCCUGCCUGGGUUGGUGGCUGGCUGGGCUGUGUUAUCUGGUUACUGAACGGGGCCGGGUGCAGUGAGUCACAGCUUUGGAGAUGGUGGGACGGCGGAGCUCGACCCGGCUGAAGAUGUCCCGCCCCGCAGCGUCUAACCAGCCGAGCGGGCCGCCCGCCAAACGGAAUCGUCGGGCUCCCACUGGCCAGAAUCGUGAGCCGCACGUGGACUCGACUCCCGAGAAAAAGACAGCGCCCGUUUCCCCGAGCGCGAGCAAGGGCAUGUCGCCGGGCUCUCCGGCGGCGCUGCGCUCAGAGCUGCUGAAGCUCUGUGCUGUUCACAAGGUCCUGCAUCCGUCCAUGGCACUCGGAUGGUACAAGGCGCUGAAAACAGAGUUCGAUAAGCCCUACUUCAAAAAGCUGAGCGAGUUCGUCACGGCGCAGCGGCGGCAGCACACGGUGUUCCCGCGCGCCGAGCACGUGUUCUCCUGGGCGGCCGGCGACGUGAACGACGUCAAGGUGGUGAUCCUCGGUCAGGACCCGUACCACGGACCGGGACAGGCUCACGGCCUGUGCUUCAGCGUGCAGCGCGGCGUGGCGCCGCCGCCCAGCCUGGUCAACAUGUACAAGGAGCUGGAGUCUGACGUGGAAGGGUUCCGCCACCCGGGCCACGGCUGUCUGCUGGGCUGGGCGCGCCAGGGGGUGCUCCUGCUGAACGCCUGCCUCACGGUCCGCAGCGGACAGCCCAACUCGCACAAAGAUCAGGGCUGGGAGCAGUUCACCGACGCUGUAAUCAAGCACAUCAGCAGCAACCAGAAGCACGUCGUCUUCAUGCUGUGGGGGUCGUAUGCCCAGAAAAAGGGCUCGGUGGUUGACAAAAGCCGGCACCACGUGUUGACGUCCACCCAUCCGUCGCCUCUGUCCGCACACCGCGGCUUCCUCGGCUGCAAACACUUCUCAAAGUGCAACCAGCUGCUGAUUCAAAACAACCGGACGCCGAUAGACUGGAACGACCUUCCGCCAGAGUAAGGUCAGCACUCAUCCCUGUAUAGUCUGCUGUCAACAAAGUGGCAUUGUGAGUCGUGAGUGAAACGACAAGACUGACAUGGGCUGAAAUGGCACAUCACAUUUAGAAGUGUUCGACCGUCAUUGAUGCAUUCCUUCAUCCAUACGUUGCAUUGCUGAUCAAACGGCCAUAUUUUGUUACCAGUUUAUCAGAAGUUUUCUUAGUUUUUUUGCCAGACAGCCUUUUUGCCAGACCGUUUUGUAUGACGUAUGGGUAUUGAGUAACAUACCCUUUUACCAAUGUCUUUGCGUCGACAACGUCUUCUACUGAAAUUUUUCAAAGUUUUCGCUGGGGUUAUUUGUACUAUGUGCAAACACAAUAAAGAAGCCCAGACUGUACUUAGAAUGCAGAACACCAAGCACGGUGCUCCUCUUCCGGCGGCCGAUUUUGUGGCUGACACGACUGAUGCAUUGGAAUGUGAACAUAAAGUACAAACGUUAAAUAAAAGCUCAAACAUUU